AUGUCGGCCGGCGGCUUGGGCUCUGCGACCGUUUCCACGGUUACCAGGUCCAACUACAGCUCCUCGGCAGGGGCGGGUUCAGGAGGCGUGAAGAGGGGCGGGGCACAGGGGUCUGCAUCCUCUGCUGUCAGCUUCUCCCCCACCCCCACGGAGAGAAAGAGCAUGACCACCACCAUGACCGCCCGCUCCAUGGGCUACGAAGGAAGAUCCAAUGGAAACUCAUCUCCGGAAUACACAAGGAGAGAAUAUGUUGCAGCAAGUGCAGCUGCCAGUAAACCCACCAGAGGGCGGAGCCACAGCAGAGAGAGUGAGAUCAGAUGCAGACUGCAGAGUGCCUCUCCCACAGCCAAAAGAUGGACGGAGCUGGAAGACGUGAAGCGGCUGCUGAAGGGGAGUCGCUCCAGCAGCAUCAGCCCCCCUCGCUCCCCCACCAGCACCCUCCCUAUCCCCAGGAAGGCCCGCGUAGAGACCAGAACCAUGCCAAACAGCUCCAAGUCAGCCACAGGGCUUCAGAACAACCUGGCCCUCAGCUCUACAUCCAUGAACUCUGGACUCUCUGCCUCUAGCACUGUUCACGGUAUGCAGAAUAACCUGGCCACCACCACUGGCGGUAUCCUAACAGCGAAUGGAGUCAACGCACAAACAGGCAUGGAUGGAGUGUUGAGUGUUCACAAAUCCACUGGGAUCAAGAGAAUAACGCCCAUGUUCAUUGUGGGAGUUAUACUUCACGCGUGUUUAAAUCAUGUUAAUUUCACCCUGCAUGUUUUUCUUGGCAGUCUAUGGUGUGCAGAAAAAUGUCACAAGCACAGGGGUGUCCACAACCACAGCACUCCUACCAGUGACGAGGCCAAAGAAUGCAAAUUCAUGCUGCUGGAGAAAGAGAACGCUCCUGUCAAAAAGGAGACGGAGAGACUCGUCAUGGCCAAAGAGACCGGCAAGCAGUUCUCCUCUGCUGCCACUGCUAUUGCCGAAGAAGUCAGACGUCUUAAAGCUCGUGUGGAUGCCUUGGAACAAGCCUCCAGCUCUUCCUCUGCCCAUUCCAGUCGCCUCUCCUCCUCCUCUGCCAUCAACAUCAUAGACCCUCUGGGGUCUGUGUACAUAGACAAGACCUCCUCUACCUCCUCUACCACACUGCUCCGCUCUGAUAAUGGUAUCAAUCUGGGAGUGGCAGCAGGAGCAGGUCCAGGAUCAGCUAAUGGACGAGGCCAAGACUCUGUAGCUCUGCAAAGGGCAGUACAGCAGAUAGUCUGGACUGAGCUGCAGUCCGAUACUGUACGAGCAACACUUGCACACUCAAUGAAAGGAGCGAGAGGAGAGCCUGGGACCAAAGGUGACCAAGGUGCUCCAGGAGUCAAAGGUGAUAAUGGAUUCCCUGGCCUACCAGGUCCUCCAGGUCAGAUGGGUCACAGUGGACUGGAGGGCCCGAGGGGACCUAAAGGAAAUGCAGGUGAAGCUGGUGCAGAGGGCCCCCCAGGCCAGAGGGGCCGAGAAGGACCAACGGGAUCACGUGGAGAGCCUGGUCCUCCAGGGUUUGGAGAGAAAGGGGACAAAGGUUCUCCUGGUGAACCCGGAGGCCCUGGACCUGCUGGCACUGCUGGGCCUGUUGGGCCUAAAGGGUCGGUGGGUGGUCAUGGUGCUACAGGUAUCCCAGGUGACCCAGGUGAAAAAGGACUUCCAGGACCAGACGGAACAAAGGGAUCCAAAGGACCCGCAGGUGCUCCCGGGGCUGAUGGUGAAAAAGGCUCUAGAGGUGACAAGGGAUCGGAUGGAUUACCAGGUCCAAGAGGACCAGCAGGACCUCCAGGAGAUGCAGGCCUCCCAGGCAUUCCCGGGCUUCAAGGUCCACCAGGUAUACCAGGUAAUCCAGGUCAGCCUGGAGGUAAAGGUGAAGCUGGAGAACCUGGUAGAAUCAUCAAUGCAGCUGGUUCCAGUUCGGUUGCCAUCCCCGGACACGCUGGUGUUGCCGGAUCCCCUGGACUCUCAGGUUGGUACUGA